AUGGCCACCGCCCGCCUUGUCCCUCGCCGGCUCACCUCGCUUGUUCCUCGCUUGCCGACGCAGAUCCGCACCAUGGCUUCGUCGACUCCCACGUUUGAAUUCCUUGUCGUCGUACCCGACAAACCCGGCAUGCUUGCGAAGCGCCUGGAAGUUAGACCCCAGCACUUUCGAAACAUGACACCGAAAAUCGAGUCGGGUGCUUGGAAGAUGGGAGGCGCCCUCCUCAACAGCGUCCCCGAGAGUGACGAUGCCACCAAGUUCGACUUCAUGGGCAGCACCAUGGUCUGCGUGGCCGAGUCCAAGGAGGAGGUUCUUCGACAGCUUCAAGAAGACAUCUACUCCACCUCGGGCAUCUGGGACACCGAAAAGGUUGGCCUCACAAUGAAUGAUCCACCUGACCUGCCGUUUCCAUUGCCCGGCAACGACACAGCCCAGCCCACCCUGCUUGCUUGCGUCGGUAGAAUCGGCACAGCUGACCCCAACCCUAUCGUUGGAAAGAGCACCGUUCUCGCAUGGUAUCAAGCAUAG